UUGCAGCUCUCCGGGUUGUUUGUCUUGGCACUUGGUCUAUGGUUAUUCCUGGAUCGUUCAGCCAAUGGUAUCCUGGGUGUGAAUGGUACUUCGCAGACGAGCGAGCAUUUUCCGCUAAUAUGCUACCUGUUAAUCGGCGCUGGAGCGCUGAUGAUUCUUAUCGGUGGACUGGGAUGCUGCGGGGCAUGGCAACUCAAUCAGAUCAUGCUCACAUUCUUCAUCAUUUUGUUCCUGGUAUUUUGCUUGCAAUUAGCCUGUGCCGUAUUAGCAUACAGGCAGCAGGAGUUGAUCAGACGUUAUAUUGAUCGAUCAAUGUACCGUAUUGUACAGGAACUCUACGCUUUAAAACCAAUGUACAAGGAACUGUUUGACAAUAUACAGGAAGAGUUUGAAUGUUGCGGUGUUCGAGGAUAUCGCGAUUGGCUGUAUUCAUCGUGGGGACGAGAUGUGCCCGGAAGAACCGAACUUGGUAUAGGUUAUUCGGACAUUGGCAAAGUGCCUCGAUCGUGCUGCAACGAGCAGGGCCUACGCGAUUAUCCGAUCGACUGUGGACUGAGUUUCGAUAAACUUGAAUUAUGGACCUACGAACCGUUCAUACAUACGAAGGGUUGCAGUGAGGCACUGUACGAUGCAGUAAACAGUCAUUUGGAUAUUGCAAUUGCUGUAUGCGUCAUUCUGGGCGCUAUUGAGGUACUUGCUUUGAUCAGCUGCUGCUGCUGUUGUUGUUUCAUCGUGGUAGUAUCAAUUUUGCAUUGUUAG